AUGGAUAAAUCGAGAAAAUUGAAAUUCCAGCGGCAUACAGCGCUCAAUGACAUUCAGUCCAUUUUUGAUUUGGGUAAUAGAGCAGUGUCGGACUUGAGUUUAAGAUCGUUGUUUAAAAUUAGAGUUAGUGAAAUAGAUUUGAUCAAGGACGAAUUUUUAAAGCAGCAUACAAGCAUUAUUAAUAAUGUUUUGUCGGUACCGGAUUCAGAUACGGGGGACGAAGAAAAGGUUCGAGAAUUAUUCUUGGACUUAUUCUACAAAAUAAAAGUUUUUGACGCGGAAUUCUUUGGGUCACCAUCUGAAAGUCCAGGUCCAGCGUCUUGUGCUUCCGGCGGAGCUCAUCCUUCGCACAUUCGCUUACCUUGUAUUGAUCUUCCUCAUUUUCAAGGAAAUUUUAUUAAUUUUGCAUCCUUUAUAGACCUUUAUAAUUCGAUAGUGCAUAACAAUGCAGCCCUAGGAAACGUAGAAAAAUUCAAAUAUUUGAAAGGUUGUUUAGACGGGACUCCGCUUAGCUUAAUUCGCAAUUUGCCCAUAACUAACGAUAAUUACCAAGUGGCUUAUGAUUUAAUUGUUAAACGGUACACAAAUGUUCGUCGUUGUGCGACCGCCCAUUGGGAUGCGAUAAUGGGCGUUCAAAAAAUCUCUGCGGUUAACUCGAAAAAUCUAGCUAAAUUAGUAGACACCUUUUUAGAAAAUUUAGCCGCAUUGAAAACUUUAGGCCUUCCCACUGAGCAUUGGGAUUUCAUUAUGUUCAAUUUGCUUUUGUCCAAAUUAGAUGUUGACUCCAUUAAGCUAUUCGAGUUGGAAAAUAAGUCUAAUGAAAUUCCUUCAUUUAAAAAAUUAGUAGCGUUCAUCGAAACCCAAUACAUCGCGUAUGAUAAUUUAGACAGUAGUAUAGGUGAGGGAAAGAAGUCGCGGGCCACAAAUAACACGGAGCCAAAGGCCAACUCCAAGCACCAGACUGGUGAUUCAAGGCACAAUCGUAGUAGCUCGUCGUUCAUAACAAAUUCGUCUUCAGUAUGUUGCGCUCUAUGCAAACAAAGCCAUUAUCUCAACCAGUGUUCGUUGUUCUUGAAAAAAUCGCCAAAAGAGAGAUAUCAGUUUUGUAAAGAGUCUUCUUCCUGUUUUAAGUGUCUUAAUCAGGCUAACCAUUCAGUCAAGUCGUGUCCUAAAUCCUUCAAAUGUAGCAAAUGUAGUAGUCAUCUCCAUAAUAGUUUAUUACACUUCGAGAGAAACCGUUCCAAUAGUCAGUCGUCCUCAGAAAAUAAUAGUCCAGGGACAUCGGGAAUCGAAUCGUCUCCUGAAGUAUCCCAUUGUGCUGCUAGUUUUGUAGGAAAGAAAAAUGAAACCAAAAAGGAAAUCUUGCUCGGUACUGUUUUGGUUCAUGCAAUUGACAGUAAAGGUUGCAAACAACCCUUGAGAUGUCUUAUUGAUUCGGGUUCGAUGAGUUCGUUCAUUAGUCGAAAGGCUGCCAAUCGAUUGGGAUGGCCUAAAACUCCUUGCUCGUUCGAAGUUAACGGACUCAAUUCGAUGCAAACGAAACUGAAUCAGGGGCAAAUAAGUUUCUCUAUCCAACCUCGUCAUCAGGAGUCACCGGUGUUUCAUUUGGAGGCUAUUAUUACAGAUAGGGUUUGCUCGGAUUUGCCCAGCACCCAAAUAGAUAUUUCUGCUUGGAAUUAUAUUAAAAAUUUGAAGUUAGCUGAUCCCAAAUUUAAUUGUAGUCAAUCUGUCGAUUUGUUAAUUGGUUGUAGUAUAUUUUCGAAGGUGUUGUUAGAGGGUAAAAUUGAAGGUAAACCGGGACAACCUGAUGCCCUAAAUACCGUUUUUGGAUAUAUUUUGUUGGGCCCAACUAGCACACCUAACCUUUCGUCAACUUGUUCUUCUUCUUCGUCGCUUGUUUGUCUUUCAAAUGUGGAAGACUCGUUAGAUUCUUCGUUAAGGAAAUUUUGGGAACUGGAGAAUAUACCGGAAGAGCCAGUUUCAGAACCGGAAGACGUUCUGUGCGAAACCAUUUAUCGGGAAACACAUAGUCGGGACGUCUCGGGAAAAUAUGUUGUGUCUUUGCCUUUUCGUGAAUCGCCGCCUUGUUUAAAAGAUAGCUAUGAUGUUGCUUUGAACAGAUUUAUUUCGUUGGAACGUCGCUUGUUUCGUCAGCCGGGUUUGCAAAAGGAAUAUUCGUCCCAUAUGCAGGAGUAUAUUGAUUUAGGUCAUAUGCAAUUGGUUCCUGAGGGCGAAAAGACAAAGGGAAAGUAUUAUAUCCCACAUCAUUGCGUUGUUAAGUCGGAAAGUGUCUCUACUAAAAUUCGAGUGGUAUAUAAUGCGUCUCAGAAAAGUCCCAGGCUUGAGGUUCCUCCAUCAUUGCGGGAAAAUUCCCCUUCGGAAGAGGUAAAGAAAAGUUUAGUGUUUGUUUCCACUCGUGAGGAACAUUUUUUGUCUUGUUUGUUAGAAAACCAAUCGUCUUUUACCUCUAUCCAAAGAAUUUUGGCCUUUAUGUUGCGAUUCGCGCACAACUCUCGUUUGAAAAGGUCAAGACGUGUAGGACCCUUGAGUUCAGUAGAAUUGGAAAGCUCGUUAAUUAUUCUUGUUAGGUUUACACAGGAACAGUAUUUUGAAGACCAGCUUCAGUCGAACUCGUUUCCAAAACCAUUUCGCAAAUUAGGAGUAUUUUUAGAUGAUGAUACUCAGUGUUUAAGAGUAGGUGGUCGUCUAUCGCAGUCUUCCUUGUCAAUGUGCAUUUCCGAAAAUUCUUUCGAAGUAAACGUUGGAAAGCAGCAGGGACGACAAGAAUUAUCCCUACAGUACUCCUCUUUUAAUAUUAAGAGCCUGCAAUUCCAAACAGUCUACUAA